AAAUUAAGUGCUAAUCUUUAUUGUUAACGGUACGUGAAGUUUUCAAAUGAAAUAAUUACCUAUUUCGUGAACAAAAAGGGUUUUUUUCUGAAGUGUCUGCAAAUGCUUUAAUUGGAAACCCCGGAAAUAUGAUUUUUUUAAAGAGAUUUUCUUAUUGUUUUAGAUAGGAAAGGAAAAAGACCAGGAACAAGAACAAAUCCUGCACUCAAGAGCAACUCAAGGUUUUCGAAGCCUUUUUCCGCGGUUUCACUUACACUGUUUGUCUCCAAUUAGGAACUUUCCCUUGUCUCCAUUUGGAUUAAUUUCUUUCCAAUAGAAGCAUUUUUCACACGUGUGUUUUUAUUGUAUUUAAGAAGUUUCCAAAUUAUAUUUAAAGAAUUUUCAUUAAACAGUAACAUUCUAGAAGAGUCAAGGAGCAAAUUUAUGUAAUUCUCUUCAGAAAAAAAUUGAACUUAAUGUGUUGAAUCUUCUGUCAAAGUUAAAGAGUCUGGAAAUGGUUUUGAAUUAGGACAUUUACCCAAAUAGCUAGUCCAAUGCUUCAAAUUUCCUGAAAAGAGCCAUGGGUGAAAUCCAUUGGGAAGAUAGAAAAAAUUAAGUUGUCCGAAGCUCGAGUCGUCCGAAGGUAGCGCGCUGCCCCCAAUUGCUAUCAGGUCAGAUUCAUUGAAGGAUUAUGAGAAGAAUAUGAAGUGUACGAAGCCAGAGUCUGUGCGAAAACUGAAAACCUUUCCCUAUUUUUUAUAGAGUUUGUUAAUGCAAAGAAUCGCACCCAUUAUUCUGCUCGACUCCUAAAAUCGUACACACACGUCAUUGGAAGAAUAGAAAAAAAUUAUUGUUGCACCAGCUGAACGACUUAUUCCCCUCCAGUACUUCCGUUAAGUCAAAAGUUCACUCAGUUGAAUUUGGGCAAUUUCUGCCAAAGAUCAUUUCUCUGUGAACUUCCAAUCUAUAAUCAUCUCCAAAAAAACUGAAUGUACAGUAAAGUUAAUUUGUAUUACGUUAUUAGUUUUGCGUUACGUUAUUAGUGAUAUUUUAUUCAAAAUUGUUUGCCAAUCUGAGUGCAAUCCUACAUCCUACAUAAUAAUUCCAUUCCUCCAUAUUUUUGCUAAAAGGUAAGCAAAGCAACUACAUAUUCGGUGUAUUCACAGAUAGGGUUUGAUUCUCUAAAAGUGUCUCGACUAAAAGUGCGGGACUCUAGAGGAGGCGCCCGAUUCCCUCAAGCGAUCCUCCUCGAGGAUGGACUUUCACAGCUACCGACAUCACCAAGUGGACGAUGGCUUCCAUUCAGAUGGCAGUGGUGCCGAAACACCACCGCUCAGUCCGGGAGGUGGUGGUAGUGCUUCCACAUCAUCAGCCGCCUCAAUAGCCUCCCUCACGUCGGACCAUGGGUCCCUGGAGUCUGUGGACACGAGUGCCCAGAGGUUGGCUGUGUUGUCAUUUGAGCAAGUCCGCAAGCUCAAUGACGUAAUGGAUGAGGUAGUGUCAAUUCACGGACGCGGAAAUUUUCCCACAUUGGAGGUCCGACUGAAGGACCUGGUGACGCUGGUGCGCAAGAAGCUGGAAUUGGAUGUGGCGUCUGGUGGCGCUGGUAUGACUGUGAAAGAUAUUCGUCUCAAUGGUGGUGCCGCAAGUCAUGUCUUGGCAUCUGAGGCGCAGCCCUACAAUGACCUGGACCUGAUAUUUGCACUCGAAUUCAGUUCAGGUCGUCACUAUGACCGCGUCAAGUCUGCCGUGCUCAAUUCCCUAUUUGACCUGCUGCCGGAAGGUGUAUCCCGACGAAGGAUCACACCAUGCUCCCUCAAGGAGGCCUACGUCGGCAAAAUGGUGAAAGUGAACAAUAACAACGACGGCGAUAGAUGGAGUUUGAUCUCACUGGGCAAUUCACCAGGACACAAGAAUGUUGAGCUGAAAUUUGUCGAUACAAUGCGCCGACAAUUUGAAUUCAGCGUGGAUUCCUUCCAGAUUGUCUUGGAUUCCUUGUUGCUCUUCUACGAUUGUGCCGCUCUGCCCAUCAGUGAGAAUUUCUACCCAACAGUGGUGGGAGAGUCGGUCUAUGGGGACUUCCAGGAAGCCCUAUACCAUCUUCAACACAAACUGAUCUCAACGCGGCAGCCAGAGGAGAUUCGCGGUGGUGGCCUGCUGAAAUACUGCAAUCUCCUCGUACGCAACUACCGUCCCGUCGACACGGACAAGAUUAAGACACUGGAGCGAUACAUGUGCAGUCGCUUCUUCAUAGACUUCCCCGACAUACCCACACAAACUGUCAAACUAGAGGCAUACUUGAGGAAUCAUUUCUGGGGUGCCGACGAGGAGUCCCUGCAGUAUCAGUACCUGAUGCAUUUACACGAAGUGGUGGAGACAUCGACGGUGUGCCUGAUGGGUCAUGAGCGUAGACAGACGCUUCUGCUCAUUGAGUCACUGGCCAUGCAGGUGCUCUGCCGGGAGCAACAAAAGAGUCAACCUCCACAGUCCACACAGCCACAGCCGCAACCACCACCGCAGCCAUCGCCGCAGCCACAGCAGCAAAUGACGACGCUACCGCCACAGCCGGCCGGUCUGCUGUAUGCCAAUGGUGUGUACUACGCCCCUGUGAUUCCCACCACCUUCUGCACGUGCAACUCAACCUGGGUGCCAAGCACGUGAUCGCAGAGUACCACAGACUCUCUCCCACGCCAUCCGCAGUCCAUCCAAUGGACUGCACAACCCUCGACACCACAGAAUUUCGCGACAGAGGACAACAAUCAACCCGACAACUACGAUCCCCCGGAGGACACUAUGCUCUAUCAAAUCAGAUGAUGCUCAACAUCCUACGACCCUUCGCCGCGACACUACCUGACCCUUCUCUACGGCUCUACCACAUAGAGUGCACCCAAUAGGUCACGGAGACCUCAUAGGUCUCGGUUAGAGAAAGGUGAUCACACAAAACACUCCGCGUCCUUUUUUAACAAAAAAAAAACCACAUUGUGCUUGUGCAGAUGGAGAAAAUAGCUGAGAAUAAAAUUCCUGGCAGACCUAUCGGUAAGAAGAAACCAUAUUUUUCCCAACCUGACUGACAUAGGGUGCUUGUAUUUUGAAUAUUUUGAAAAUCACCUUAACAAAUUAUUAUUCCGACCAAAUGAAAAGUGUUUGCUUGAAACCGAAGGGGUUUUUCUAUUUAAAAAUAUAUCUGCAUUCAUUAGGUCAGUCGGGAUCAAUUUAAGAUUGCAGCGCCACGUAGUGGCUAAAGCUAAAAUUAACCCCAAAUUUACUAUAAUACUACUAUCUUUGCAAGCACAAUGCUAAAACAGCUCCCUGUACAGAAAACAACAAAAAAUGGUGAAGCAGGAAAGAAUAUGAUUUAAAUGUAACUACGUACUUCCACUUAAUUAAUUAGCAUACCUUUUCUUAGUGAGUGUCAAAUGCAGUUCAAUUGCGAAAGUGAGAUCACUCUUAAAAACAAAAAAUAAACUUAAAAAAAAAAUUGUGUAACAAUUAAAAAUUCCCAAAAAAAAAAACAACUAUUAAAUGUACAACUUUCAAGACGUCUAAUUCGUCAAUUUUACUGCUACUUUGUAAAUUUAAUCUCUUAGUAAAAAAGAAAAAAAAAGAGGUGAAGAAGAAAAGUGAAAUAAAAUGCUAUUCAGUGUUGUUCGUGUUAAAACAUGCAACAUUUACAAAUUUAAAUGAAAAGAAAAAAAAACUUGAAUUAUAAACUAUUGUGAACGAAGAUGGAGAAAUAAGAGAAAAUUAACAGAAUCUGUGAAUGCAUGCAAGUAAAAAAAAAAUAUUAUGAAGAGAUACUAUAUUAAUUCUUUUUAAUUUUUGUUAUUUGCUGGAGGAAAACAAACAAAAAAAGAAGAAAAACCUUUUAUACAUUUUAAGAAAGAAAUAUUUCUGGGUAAAAUAGAUGAGAGUUAAAGAAAAUAUAUUAUAUUGAAGGUGAAUUUUCAAAGAAAUUGUACCAAGUGUUUAAUAUUUUUGCUAUUAAUAGAUAUCUUCAUUAACAGAAUAAAUGUUUAAAUGAGAUGAAAUUUAUCCGAAAAGACUGGCUUUUGCGACAACAUUUCUUUUUCUUUUCAAUGUUCAAAUGUGAACUUAUAGUUUUCUUUUUUAUUUUUAGGUGUUUAAUUUUUUCUUUAAAAUGUUGUUUAUCAAAAAAACAACAUUUUUUUAAUUUUUUUUUUAGUUCAAAGCAAAAAUUGUGUGCUCCAAAGUGACAUUUUUUUGUUGGCGAAGGAGAAUUUAAUCAAAAAUAGAAGCAAUUUCUGUGUGACGAAAUCCAAAUCAAAUCUUAGCUCAAUGUCCAACUGGAAGGUGUUCCAGAGCGUAGCUUUUGCCCAAAAAAAACCAACAAACUGACACACAUUUUUCAUUGCAACAUGUAUUUUGUCGCAAGAGAAUAAACUAAUCAAUCAACGUAGAUGACAAAGAAAAAGUCUAAACAAAUAUUGUGUAAAAGUAGAUGAAAUAGAAAUUACAAUAGAGAGAUCGUAGAAUUCUUUUUGUUCUGUCCUUUGUCAAAAACAGAAACUUCAGAAAAAAAAUCCGGAAAGGAAAAAAAGAAAAAAACAAAACUUUGAAACAUUGAAAGAGAAGAAUCAUUAUUAAAAAAAAUGGAAAAAGUGAUUUUAAAAAUAACAAAAUAUUUUAAAAAUAUAAAAGUAAAUUAAAAAAAAAUAUAUUACCACUACAAUAGACCUAUAGAAUGACUAUUUAGAUGAGAGAAAAUAUUUUGGAAAAAUCUUAAAAUAUUUUAUUAGAUUCUAAAAAAAACAACAUUAAAAACACAAAGUGAAGAGAGAAAAUUUACUAGAAUAUAAUUUUAAAAAAAAGUAAUGAAAUUACCAGGUAAGAUUUUAAAAUUAAAAUAAAAAAUUACAACAAAAAAAAAUGAGAGAGAAAAAUAUGAAAAAUCAUAUAAAACACAUUUCUGUGAUUGCAAAAAAAAGUGUAAAAGAAUAUUAAUAUAGAGAAGUUAUUUUUAAUGGAAGACGAAUAGGAUGAUGAAUGUGGCACGUGAGGAAGACAAGCAGAUGAAUGAGGCUUGAGAGAGUGAGAGGGAAAAUUUCUAUGUGAGCUACACAGGAGCGUACUUGGGGAGCAACAUUUCAAAUUUAUACUACAAAAAAACAAA